GAAUUAGUAGAUGUCAAAUUAGGAAGUGGUUUCCCAAACGAGGGAGCAGUAACUAGGAAGGAAACAAAUGAAAGAAAGGAACUCGCAAGGAAAUGGCGGAGACCUUCAGCAGCUUCGAAGCUCAUCACGGGAACAGCACCAAAGGCUAUCAGAUCUACAGCGCCAAAUGCGCUCAGUGUCAUGAUGCCCAAGUUAAUGCCGCCGCCGCCGGCCACAAGCAAGGACCCAACUUGAAUGGACUGUUCGGGAGACAAUCUGGGACGACUCCGAGCAACUACUCUUACUCGGCUUCAAACAAGGACAAGGCUGUCGUCUGGAGAGAGGAAACACUAUCUGACUACUUGCUCCACCCGAAGACGUAUAUUCGAGGGACGAAGAUGGAUUUCCCUGGACUAAAGAAGGCGCAGGAUCGGGCUGAUCUCAUUGCUUAUCUCCAUGAAUCAACUGCCUAAUUAAUUUGCACCAUCCAAACAUUUAAGGAUUAUUACUUGUUUUGUACGUGGAUGUUAUAUACUUUCUUUCUCUGGCAAAACAAUUUCAUCCUAAUUUUUCUUGUACCCUAUAACACACUCCUGUUUUAACUAAAAUGUCUAAAAUAUUCUCAAAUCAACUUCUACUAGUAAUAAACUAUGAAAUGCGAG